UCGUUGCUUCUGUCCCCAGAUAUGGCGCUGUUCUGCAGAAAACGCUCUUACCCGGACUCUCCUCCGCCUGUGGAGGUAACGGUGAAGCGGUGCGCCUCCUGCCCCGUGGCCUGUACGCCCCACGUGAACCUGCACAGAUGCCUCGAUGAUCGGGGACUGCUGCCACGUCUAUUCCGUCACAAGAAGUCCAGGAAACAGGUCACUGGUGGAAAAUGGAAAUCGUAUGAUGAUGUCACUUUACAGUCAAUGACCUCACAGCACCUAGAAGGGCAAGACCCCAGCGAAGGUGAAUUCGGCAAAUCUAAAGUCUUCAACAAUCCCAUUUACCAACCUCCUGUCUGUACGACUCCUCCACAUGAUUCUUCUACGGGACCACAAGAAACAGAAGACCCAAAGAUUCAUAUAGAGGAGGCUUCUCCAGAUACCACUUCACAGAACCCAUCUCUUCAGAUGAAAACACCCCAGGAACCGAGCCUGAUCACAAGCCCCCCAGAACAAAGCCUGAUUGGGAGACUGAUGAAGGAGUCUCGUCGGUGGAAGAGGAAGGAGUCGAAGUUCGUGCACACACAGCCGCUUUAUCAAGACUAUUGUGUCUAUUACACUAAGGGAGCGCCAGGCUUGUCCCCAUCUGUCUUCUCGGUAGACACUUCCCUGUCCUUUGCGGGUCUCAUCUCUUCCUCUCUACUUGGAAGUCAAGUGAUCAAUGCAAGCCCCCCACUUUACACCUCAUCAUUGUGGCAGGAGCUCCCAGAAGUUAAAGUGAAGGGAAUUGUUCAAACUAUGAGCCCCCAAAAGCGGCAACUCCAGGAGGCUAUAUUUGAGGUUGUGGCGUCGGAGGCCUCAUACCUGCGCAGUCUGUCUGUAGCCAUUGGUCAUUUCCAGAAAUCGCGGAGGAUACAGGAAUGUUUGGGCACCUCGGACAGGCACACCCUGUUCUCCAAUCUUCCCAGUGUUCGGGAGGUCAGUGAGAGAUUUCUUCUGGAUCUAGAAGAAGGUUUGGAGAAGGACCUCUACUUGUCUGAUAUUGGAGAACGGGUUCUGAGGCAUUGUCCUGAAUUCAAGAGGGUUUACAUUCCUUAUGUGACCAACCAGAUGUACCAAGAAAAACUGAUGCAACAACUCAUUCGAGAGAACGCAAGGUUCCUGCAGGUUCUCCAGAAGCUUGAAGAGCAGCCCGUGUGCAAGAGACAGCUCCUGAAAUCUUUCUUGGUUCUCCCAUUUCAAAGGAUAACGCGCCUGAAGAUCCUCCUGGAGAAUAUCCUGAAGUUGGCACAGGGGGAUGUUGAGUUGUCGUCAUCUCUUCACAAUGCUGCAUCCGCUGUUGGAGAGAUUGUGUCUCGGUGUAAUGAAGGGGUGAGGUGUAUGAUGCAGACAGAGGAGCUGGUAUUACUAGAGAAGAGGAUGGAUUUCCACCACACCAAGUCUCUACCCCUCAUCUCCAGGGGUCGUGCCCUUGUCCAGCACGGAGAACUCGUGAGGAUAUUUUUCCAAGAGUUGGGCAUUGGUCAUAAACCACGCCUGGCCAGUAAGCCCAUCUAUAUCCAUCUCUUCAGUGACUUAUUGCUUCUAUCCAGCAGAACAGACGCUGGUCGCUUCCAGGUGACGGAUUACGCAAGACGAGGGCAAGUGAAAGCGGACAACGUCAAGGCCAAGGCCCUAGGCCUCCCGACACUGGUCUUCUUACUGCGCCUGACACAGAACCAUAGUGGCCUGAGCUGUGAGAUCGUCCUCCAGGCCACCAACGAAUUUGAGAAGGAGCAUUGGAUCUCCCAGAUAACACGACAGAUGUCACAGGAGUCCAGCUGCUGAUCACCAGGAUUUCUUGAAAUAAUGCCAGAAACAUUACCUGAAUUUUAUGGACUCUGUGGCCUCUGUCCACAGUCAGCAGACGUAAUAGUGGGAAUAUCGGUGCUGUAAGGAGGCAGAAGACUGGAGCCGGAGGGCAGGGGGCGCCUAUUACUGUUUUUUUUUUUGUUUUUUUUUGUUUGUUUUAUUUUGCUUUAUUUCACAAAUUUUUUUGUUUCUUUUAACCCUAAAUCUUUAGCCCAGUAAAUAUGAUGCAGUCCAGUCCUGAGGCUUGGAUACAUACAGUACAUGUCUAUAUACUCUAUAUAACCCUGGCUGGAUACGACCAACCAUGAACAGAAUCUUCUUGUACCUGUGUCUUUCCGUGUAAUUCUCGAGGCUUGUGAAUGGUUUGUUCCUGUUCAUUUUUAUGUGUCUU